CAGACUGACGUUUGCAAACGGAUCGCCCAACACAAAUGGACCAACCAACACGCGGUGGUUUCGGAAGGGGCGGUCAACGAGGGGGCUUUAGGGGAGGCAGAGGCACCUUCGUGCGUGGCUCGUUCAGAGGACGUGGCUCAUUUGGAGGAGGACGUGGUGGUGGCUUCAGGGGUGGGUUCAGAGGAGGCUUCAGAGGAGGAUUUGGUGGUGGGGGAUUCAGAGGAGGACGUGGUGGCAGUGGCAGAGACUUCAGGGAACGUAACCACAAAGCUGUGUACCUUCACUUCGAUAAGGACGUCGACAGCAAUGUUGCCCAGGUCCUCAUAGAGAAGUUCGGUGAUGCCAGUUCAGUUUCAUUUGGAAGAGGGUUCAUAAUACAUUGCAAAGAUGAGGCCACAGCAGAGGAGAUCAAGGAGAAGGCUGCCGAAAUGACCUUUGCCAGUAUCAAACCAAUUUGGGUGAAUAACGCAUAUGACAGAUUAGACGGUGCAGAUUCACAGAAAAGAUCAAUGGCAGAUGGUGAAGGUGCUCCCAGUAAAAAACAGAAGGUUGGAAAUGCAGAACAGGAAGAGGAGGAAGAUGAUGAUGAAGAGGAGGAGGAAGAUGAAGAGGAACAGCUGACGACGACCAAAGGUAAAAAGGGUCCAGCAGCAGCUGCUGAGGAAGACGACGAUGACGAGGAGGAAGAUGAAGAUGACGAGGAGGAAGAUGAUGAAGACGAGGAGGAAGAUGAAGAUGAGGAGGAGGAGGAGGAGGAUGAGUAGUAAUCUGUAAGGGUUUUAGUUGCGAAUGUGUUUGCGUGAAUGACAAUACUACGUUGAACUGUGUAAAUGAGAAAAAUAUAUGUAGUUUUUUGUU